AUGGAUUCAAAUAACAAUACGAAUUUCUCUAAAAUCCAAUGCGAUUUAAUUGAUGAUCUUGGUCAUGAUGUUGUUCCAAUGUAUCACGUUUUAUUUCUUCUCAGUUGUUUCACCGUUCCGUCUGGAAUUAUCUUCAAUCUUAUUUUUGUCAUUGCAUUGAUUUUCCGUGCGAAAAAAAUCUUUAAUAUAACUAAUCAUGCACUUCUAUUAAGUUGUUUGGCACAAGCUCUUCUCUCGUUUCUACAAGGACCUUUUCGAAUUUAUUUUUAUUACCAUCGCGGUUGUUUGCCAGUUGCUGGAAGUGUUCUAUGCGAAUUUUCUGUUUAUCUGGAUUAUAUUCCGACGCAAAUUAACAAUUUUCUCACGGUUCAACUUUCUAUUGAACGUUUACUUUUAAUUAUGAAACCUUUUAUUUUUCAUCGAACUCGUCAUCAGCGCUUUUCAUUUGCGAUUUGUCUUCAUUAUUUAAGUUUAUUCGUUGCCAUUGUUUUUCCUUCGCUUUAUUAUCCAAUAAUCAUGCAGAAUGGUGCAUCGACCAUUGAUCUCGACGAUCCAUCUGCCACUCAAACAUGUGAUCUUUGGUAUUCAAGAGAUAUUUAUGAAUUAUUUGAUUUAUUGANGAUCAAUUCUUCUUCUUCAUCAGGAUAUUCGGAAAAUGGUUCGAGAUCAACAGUAAACGCAUGUUUAACUGUAAUAAUAAACAGAACAUUUCCAAAUUCUUCUGCUUUGUUUCGAUUUCGACUAAAUGAAGUGAAAGAUGGAAAUGAAUGUUGUAAGAGAGAAAUAUUCGAAUUUUAUAUGGAGGAAAAUAGUUGA